UGUAAUUUUAAUGAAUUUACGUGGAAGUUAGCCUGAGGACCUGGUGUCACCGUAUCGUGUGGUGUCCUCUCUGGGAUGGAUGCAGCAUGGUUUGGCCUGUCCCCUCACUCUGGCGUUAGCUCGCUUCUAGCCUCUGGGUACCAGCGUGGCAGGCAGAGUAAUGGCCCCGUAGGUGUCCACAUCCUGACCUCCGGGGCCUGUACUGUGGCACUUUGUGGGUCAGAGGGGACUCUGCAGAUGUGUUUCAGGGACUACGUCUCCGGCGGGGCUUGUCCUAGCAAGGCCACCAUACCCGGGAAGACAGUCAUUGUGACGGGCGCCAACACGGGCAUCGGGAAACAGACAGCCUUGGAGCUGGCCAAGAGAGGAGGCAGUGUCAUCCUGGCCUGUCGAGACAUGGAGAAAUGCGAAACCGCAGCCAGGGACAUCCGUGGGGAGACCCUCAACCACAGGGUCAGGGCCCGGCACCUGGACCUGGCCUCCCUUAAGUCCAUCCGGGAGUUUGCUGCCAAGAUCAUUGAAGAAGAGGAGCGCGUGGAUAUCCUGGUCAACAACGCGGCCGUGAUGCGCUGCCCGCACUGGACCACCGAGGACGGCUUCGAGAUGCAGUUCGGCGUCAACCACCUGGGCCACUUUCUCCUGACGAACUUGCUGCUGGACAAGCUGAAAGCCUCCGCCCCUUCGCGGAUCAUCAACCUCUCGUCCCUGGCCCAUGUGGCUGGGCACAUCGACUUUGACGACCUGAACUGGCAGAAGAGGAAGUUCGACACCAAAGCAGCCUACUGCCAAAGCAAGCUGGCUGUCGUGCUCUUCACCAGGGAGCUGAGCCGGCGGCUGCAGGGCACGGGCGUGACUGCCAACGCCCUGCACCCUGGCGUGGCGAGGACUGAGCUGGGCAGACACACCGGCAUGCACAGCUCCACCUUCUCCAGCCUCACGCUUGGACCCGUCUUCUGGUUGCUGGUCAAGAGCCCCCAGCUGGCAGCCCAGCCCAGCACGUACCUGGCCGUGGCGGAGGAACUGGAGGGCGUUUCCGGAAAGUACUUCGAUGGACUUACUGAGAGGGCACCCGCCCCUGAGGCUGAGGAUGAGGAGAUAGCUCGGAGGCUUUGGGCUGAAAGUGCCCGCCUGGUGGGUUUGGAGAAGCCCCAUGGGUCAUCUGUGAGGGGACAGUCUCUCACCAAGUGACCUUUGGAGCAGGCUUGAAAGCCUCCCAAGGUGGCCUAGUCUUCAAGGUGGAGCUAUGAGACCAAGGACUGCUGGUGCCAUGCUCAUGUCGUCCUCUAGGGGCAGUGUGGCCCAUGUGAGCCUCCAGGACCACUGCCUGCCAUGCCCUUGGCAUCCUCUGGGGGCAGUGUUGGCUCAUGGCUGUGUCAUCCUCUAGGGGCAGUAUUGACUCAUGGGAACCUCCAGAGCAAGGAUUGUUCUUGCCAUGCCCUUGGCAUCCUCUAGGGGCAGUGCCCACUGCCUGCCUCACUCAUAUCCUCCUCGAGGGGUGAUGUCGGCCCCGUGUCCCUCGCUCCUUAUGCUUGCCCUCUGCUGGCCUUACCGGCUGCCCCGCAAGUGGGCACCUGACCCAGGCUGCCGGUUGAUUGUGCUCUGCUGCCCCCAGGGGAGCUGGGCAUCAGGUUUGCUCCACCAGAGCUGCAUCCCGCUGUGGUCCAUGAGAGCCAACACUGGCCCAGGUGGAGGCCUCGGGCCCGUCUCUGAGCAACCUCUCUGAGUGUGGCGGCUCUCACCGUGGAGUGUGCGGUCGGAGCAGAACCCGCUCGGUGGGCGGCGGUGCUUCCUGCAGCGCCAGGGUGCUGGGGAGAGCUGUAGGCUUGGCCGUGUGCUCGCUGGGCCUGCAGUGAAACCCCCUGGCCCCGGCUGUGAGGACAGGGCUGCCACCCCCUCCAUGCCUGUGGACUCAGACUCCGAUAAUAAAGGAACCCCGAAGGCCGUCCGGUCA